AUGGCGAGGAUUCUCCAGGUUGUGGCGCCGCUCCUCCUCCUCCUGCUCCCCACUGGCCUCCGGGAGCUCCUCUCGCCCACGACGACGAUCGACCACCAGCCGUCGGAGGGUGCUGCCAACGGCGGCGGAACAACGACCGGCGGCGGCGAGGUCCUCCUCCACCCGCUGGUGCUGGUUCCCGGGCUGACCUGCAGCGAGCUGGAGGCGCGGCUCACGGACGCCUACCGCCCCUCCGUGCCGCGGUGCGGCGCGAUGAAGGGGAAGGGCUGGUUCGGGCUCUGGGCCAACUGCUCCGACCUGCCCGCGCACCACUACGUGCAGUGCUUCAUCGAGCAGAUGACCCUCGUCUACGACCCCGCCGCCAACGACUACCGGAACCUCCCCGGCGUCGAGACGCGCGUGCGCGGCUUCGGCUCCUCCCGAGGCUUCCAGAGGAACCCGGAGCACACGACCUGGUGCUUUGAGGUCCUUAGACACGAGCUCGAAAAGGCCGGGUACCGCGACGGCGACACCCUGUUCGCCGCCCAGUACGACCUCCGCUACGCCCCGCCGGUGCCCGGCCAGUCAUCGGAGGUGUUCUCGCGCUACUUCCGGCGGCUGACGAGGCUCAUCGAGGACGCGAGCGAGAAGAACGAGAACAAGAAGGUGAUCCUCUUCGGGCACAGCUUCGGGGGGAUGGUGGCGCUGGAGUUCGUGCGGAGCACGCCCAUGUCGUGGCGAGACAGGUACAUCAAGCACCUCAUCCUCGUCGCUCCGGUGCCGGCGGAAGGGCUCGUGCAGACGCUGCACUACUUCGUCUCCGGGUCCGACCUGAUGUACAUCCCCACGGUCGCCCAGCUAUCGCUGACGCUGAGGCCCAUGUGGAGGAGCUUCGAGUCCUCCAUCGUCAACAUCCCGUCCCCGGCGGUGUUCGGGGACAGGCCGCUCGUGGUCACCGCGCGGAGGAACUACUCCGCCUACGACGUGGAGGACCUCCUGGCCGACAUCGGCUUCGGCGCCGGCGUGGAGCCUUUCACGAGACGAGCGGUCCCGAAGAUGACCUCCUUCCAGGCCCCCAUGGUGCCGACGACGUGCAUCAACGGAGUGGGCAAUAACGGCACGCCGGAGCAGCUGGUUUACUGGGACGGCGACUUCGACGCGGAACCCGAGAUAGUGUAUGGCGACGGAGACAAUACCAUCAAUUUGAUCAGCAUGUUGGCGUUCGACGAGAAGAUGCGUCGGCAGCCGGAGCAGAACAAGCUGUACAAGUCCAUCAAACUUCAUGGGGCUGAGCACGGUACUAUUGUGAGAGAGGACUGGGCGCUCAAGCGGGUCAUGCAAGAAAUCCUCGAAGCCAAUCGGGACGAUUUUCUUGUUGCUAGCACUGACGGACCGGGGACAAAGCUGAAGCUUGCUUUCGAAAUUGGUAUUUAUGAUAUAGUCGGCAUUGACCUUACAGCAGAAAUGUCUGGUUUCUACACAGAGGGUGAAUAUGAUCUUAGUGGUUUUGCUGUUGGAAACAUUGAUGAUGCAGCGAUGCGGCGAACAUUCAUGGGCAUCAGAAUGGUUCUUGUGGUAAGCAGAGAGUCUGCGGACAGAAUUAUUGAAGACACCCAUGGAGCAAAGCCUACUUAUGGCAUUGGAGAUGUGAUCCAUGGUGAGGGGAAUGCGCGCGAGCUGUUUGAUAAAAUGAUGGCAAAGAAUCUCAUGGCUUGGACGGCGAUGAUUAAUGGUAAUGCACAGACUGGGCGGCCGAAGGCGGCACUGGCAUGA